GCCGACGUCAACGCAUUCCCGAAAGUGACCAACCUCCUUCGUCAUGACCGAGUCGAGCGCCGCUCCCCAAACAAAUGCCGCCAGCGCGAAGAAGGACGUGGCCGUGCCUGCUGCCAAGGUCACCAUUGAGAACGACGUGAAGACGCCGUCGGAAUACCGCAUCUCGGAGAAGUGGGACAAGUGCGUCGAAAGUUUUGUCGUCAACUUCUCCGCCGGGUUAGUCGCGGGUGGCGUGACGUCUCUCGUCUUGGCCCGCACGGGUGCGGGUCGUGCGGCCCUCACAGGUUUCGGUGCCGGGGCUGGUGUCGGUGCCACGUGGACAACGUGCAGUCUCGCAUUUGAAGAAGAACUCCCCAAGAAGUAGACCAAGUCGUCCCGGCUGUGAUGGCAGAAUACACAUCCGUUUUGCUCACCC